AUGUCCGCCACCGCGCGCCCGUGCGCGAGCUCGAGCGCGUCGUGCGCAUCGAAACGAUGUUCGCCCGCGUCCCGCGCGCGCGUCGGCGCCCGCCGCGUCGCCUGUCACGCGGAAAACGCGGAUAAACUCGAACGCUUUGCGGACUGGCUCAAAAAGGAAAUCGACAUCACGUUCAACCCGCGAACGCCCGGGGCGAAGAUCGCCGGUCGGUGCCCGGAGUGCCCGGACACGCAGACGCAACCGUCCGAGGUCGAUCGCGAUCGAGCGAGCGAUGACGCGGAGGAGACGUCGGGAUCGACGAUGGGGGAUUUCGACCUGCGGGCGUUCACGGCGGAGCUAGAGCGCGCGAUGGAGGCGCCGGCGACGAGCGAGGGAUUGGUCCUAGAGAAGAAGUCGGCGGUCGUGAAGACGGUGGAGGCGACGGAUGAGGAGGAGGCGAUGAUGGAGGCGGAGGAUGAGGGGUACGAUUACGACGUCGAGGACGAGGGCGAGCCGCUGAACGGACGCGAGUUGGCGCUGAUGUGCAUCAAGAAGUACGGCAAGGCGCACGAUAUGGCGAUCAAGCACGUGAAGAUGGGAAGUGGGAUGAAACGAUGGGUGUCGCUUAACCUCUACGUCGGUCAUCUCGGGCAGCGCUCGUACCCACAGACUGAGGCUCAAUAUCUCGAGCAGCUCGACGUCAUCGCGUACUUGAUCAACUCGUGGGGUCAGGCGGAGUACACGCGGGCGUUCUUCCGGGAAAAGCCGAUCGCGCGACGCGGACUUCCCUCCAGGCCUCGCGUCGACACGUGCGUGACGCUGCAGUUCGCUCGCAGUCCGACGUGGAACGAUGACUUAUCGGACGAAUACUUUGACUUCUAA